AAUCUCCACGGGUUCCUGUCCCACUGGCCAACUCCAGUGCUAACCUAACAGAGCCCGUGUCUUCCAACAGUACAAGCAGAUCCAGUGAGACCAGCAGCACUGCGAAGCCAUUAACACCUAUAGCUUCCUCGGUGUCCGUCAGCGUGACGGCUGGCCCCACGAAGUCCACAGCGACUUCUAAAAUGGCAACACCGGGGGUCUCAACCAGUGCGGCUCCCACCACCUCAAAGUCUACACCGAAAGCAACGAGCAUGUCACAGAACACAUCGCGCGUGCCAGUCCCCGCGGCGACCACGACCCACGGGAGCUUGGUGACCUCCCCGACAAUCACAACAGCUGUUCAUUCUCAGGAAAGCGGAGGAUCCAGAUUCGAUCCGGGCAGCUUUGUCGGUGGUAUUGUACUGACACUGGGAGUCUUGUCUGUUCUUUACAUCGGAUGCAAAAUGUAUUACUCAAGAAGAGGCAUUCGGUACAGAACCAUUGAUGAACAUGAUGCCAUCAUUUAAGGAAAUCCAAGAACCAAGCAAAGAAGAAAGAUGGAUGCAGCUCUGUAAUUUCGGUUUAUUAGUUUAAAACAAUAUUCUCUUAAAAUAGUAUAAAUGGGCCAGGUAUAUGAUGUAUGGUGUAUUACAUAAGGGUGUGACAAUUCCUCAUCAUUACUAAAGGUAAAAAUGCCUUAGUUUGAACAUUUAAAUGAGUACUUGGAGCUUACAGAUGAUUUAUGCGAUGGUUAUAUUCACGUUUAGCAAAUACGUCAAAGUCAGGCCAGUCCUGUCUCAUGUUUCUGUGGCACUGCUCACUUAGGGCCGUAACUGAACCACCGCCGAAGGGCGGGAGGCCCUCUGGUUUACAGCGAAGGAGCUCAGUGGGGCACUCGGGGUUCUGAGUCUUUGCAGCUCACACGAAGAACUUCAGUGCUUUGCAGAGCUGCAUCUAACUACUAAUGCCGGAAGUGGAAAUUACACAAUUGAGUAAACCAGGUCUGAAGCGCAAUCUGAGGAAGUGUCAGCGUUUUGUAUUUUAAAGUAUGGUAUUUAGUCUAGAAACAGAAUCUUGAAAACAAAACCCCAGGCAAUACCUGUGCUUUGCUGUGUUAAGAGACCCAGUGGAACAUUAGAAAAGCUUGUACAUUUAUUACUCACUUCUUUUAAGAUUUCAAUGUUAGCUGAUAUAAUUGUCUUUUUCUAUAUAAUUUAGGUAAACUGCAGUGUUAAAAAUGAUGUUUUAAGGUAAAGGUUCCAAUAUAAGACUGGCAUUAUGGGAAAAACUAGACGUUAGAUUAUUUACUACUGUGAGAAUAUCUUUCGCUAGAAAUUGCUUUUUUUUUUCCUGUUCACAUAUUAAUUUUGUAUUUAGUGAAUAUUUUUAAAGAAAUGUAGAGCUGCUUUCAAUAUCUAGAAAUUUUAAUGGUAUAUAAAAACUACUAACUUUAAAAAGAGAUUUCCAAAACAAUAUUAGAACUCUGCACUGUCAGAAUUAUAGAUUUUGCUGUUUACUAAACCAGGGAUUACGGGAGUCUCCCCCCAGGCUACUCUACCUGCAGGGCGAAAAUGCUGCAUUUCAUACACUGUCAACUUAAGAGAAUGAGGGAAAUGACAUUUUUACAGUUUAAAUAAAUGCAUUUGAGUACAUUCUGACUUUAGACAGGACGUUUCCUGCUUCCUUACGUUGGGAUCUUACUCCAUUGUUUAAGGGGAGCUACUUCCAGAUGCACUAUGUUAAUGAAGAGAAAAAGCACAGUAUUAUACAAACACCAAUAUUAGAGGGUAUGUUUUAGUUUUACAGUUUAUAUUCUAUAACUUAAACUCAGGGUCAAGUUUUAACAAAAGAGGCAUUCCGUCAUUAAAUACCAAGAUAUUUCUAUCUUACAGGGCCAAAGUAAAAGUUUCCACAAAUCUAAAAUGACCUCAGGUCUCCUAAAGAACAGGUACCAACGCUUAAUAAAAUACAACCUUGUGAUCAGCUUUUGGCCUGCAGAGAAUGCCGGAUGUCAAGUAUUUCGUUAUGAAAGGAUCAUUUCUAUGUGCUAUGCAUUAUGGACAACUGCUAAGUGUGGACGACAUCCUUUUCCGAAAUAUGUAAAUGAUCAAGUUUAUACAGCACAUGCAGUAUGCAGGGAAUUUUAUGAAGCAGAGAUGGUUAGCUUAGUUUGGAAAGAAAUGUGGGUGGAUGAGUAAACUGUGUGCUACUAACUUGGCCUUAAUUGGUCUUGCAACCACUGCUUUCAUUUCUUUGCGAAAUACAGUUAAAACAGACGUUAUAGUGAUGAGGGCUUUUACCUUCUUUGUCUCUUGCAUUCUUGGUGUUUCAGUACCAACCUGAAGUUUUUCUUGAACACCUGCUUCUUUAGCACUUUGCAGCUAGAAAACCACUUUUAAAUUACUGUCGUCAUUGCCUUGAAAGUUUCCUCUUUUGGGGUUGGAAAUAAUGUAGUUAUGUCUUUCCUUUGUAUAUAAGUAGUAUAAUUUGUUAUUUUCAAAUACUAGUACUUUGAAUACAGGUUUUUUUAAAUCUACAGAAAUGGUAAUGUAAAAAACUGUAUUACUUUGGAAUAUAUUUCCUGAGCAUAAUGUCUUCCUAAUUAUGCUUAUGUAAGCAAGUGCCCAAUUUUCUUUGUAUUCCUUGAGAAUGUACUUACUUGAAAAACAAUUCAGAUGUCUAAAUAGCAUGCAGAAGCCACUCUGGUUUUUAAACAUCCUUGGAUAAUCCAUAAAAGGGAUAAUCCAAAUAAAAAUAAGUGAGAGUUGGCAGUACAUUACAGUGGUAAUUCUGUAUUUUCAGAAAACAAAGCAAACUGCUCUUACCUUUUGUUUUUCUAUUAUAAUGACCAGCUUUUGGUAUUUCAUUGUUACCGAGAUCUAUUUUUAAAAUAAAAUCUGCUCUUCAUUUAA